CGCGAUGCCAAGCUUUUCUGAUGACGUCCGCACACGGUCAGGCGACGAGAUUGACUGCCAGUCUGAUCAGCGCUACGCCCUGCCGAGCUUUGGUGACCAGCUCUUCUCGACCAGCCGACCAUCUUCUGUGCUUCAGAGGAUCGUGCAUUGACGGCAGAUGAGCGCAAGUCUACGGGAAAGCGAGAUCAGCCAAAGAGAUUGAUAGAGCAGUGCACGUCACCGCCCGUUCUCUCCUCAUGUCAAACGCAAAGCCCAACGGAGAGCGCGAGCCUCUACUGGACUCGUCCACGAGCUCUCGUAGAUCCUCGCACCAUAUACCCAACAAUCACAACCCACCGUCACCGGCACCCAACCCGCUCAGCCACGGGGACCCAAGCCUGCUGGAGUCCUUCAGGAACCUCUUCCUCGGUACCUACAUCAACAUCCUCCUCGUCGCCGUGCCGCUAGGCUUCCUGUCGCAUUUCCUUCACUGGGGUCCUACCGCCGACUUUGUCAUCAAUUUCCUCGCCAUCAUACCGCUUGCGGGUCUGCUCAGCGAAGCAACCGAGCAAGUCGCGCUCAGACUUGGCGAGACUAUCGGAGGCUUGCUCAAUGCCACCUUUGGCAACGCAGUCGAGGCCAUCGUCGGCAUUCUUGCGCUCGUCAAGGGCGAGCUGAGGAUUGUUCAGACCUCACUGCUGGGCUCUAUCUUGUCGAACAUCCUGCUCGUUCUCGGUUGCUCCUUCUUGGCCUCGGGUCUCAAGUUCAAAGAGUCGUCCUUCCAGACGACUGCAGCACAGGCGUCUAGCUCCCUCUUGAUACUCUCGACUGCUACUCUCGUGAUACCGGCCGCUUACCAGUCGACUGUCAAAGCAACGGAAAGUGCGUCUACACUCGCAAGCGUCUCCGGCCACGACGGCUUGCUGACCAUCUCGAGAGGAACUUCUGUCAUCUUGCUGGUCAUGUACAUGCUCUACCUCUUCUUCCAACUCAAAUCGCAUUCCUACCUCUUCGAAGCGGAAGAACAGGCCGAAGAGGAGGAAGCCAAGAUGAACGUCAAAGCAGCCGUAGCAGCUCUCCUCAUUGUCACUGUAGUCACAUCCUUCUGCGCAGACUAUCUGGUGGGCUCGAUAGAUCAGUUUGCUAACAACUUUGGCGUGCCGAAGCCUUUCAUUGGCCUGAUCUUGCUACCGAUCAUCAGCAAUGCAUGCGAACACGUCACCUCGGUCGUCCAGGCAUACAAAGGCCGAACGGACCUGACGAUCGGCGUCUGCGUCGGCUCCUCAAUUCAGAUCGCCAUCGGCGUCAUUCCUCUCCUCGUCGUCAUUGGCUGGAUCAUCGGACAGGAAAUGACACUCAACUUUGAACAAUUUGAGACAAUCUUCGUCUUUCUGUCGGUCUUGCUCGUCAAUCUCGUCUUGACGGACGGCAAGUCCAAUUGGUACGAAGGCGCCAUGCUCGUCGCGCUCUAUGUCAUCGUAGCACUCGCCGUCUACGAGACUUAGCCUCGCUGCAGCGCUGAAGCGUGUUGUACUACAAGCAAGAGAUACC